CGCGACUACACGAUGUCGAUGAAGGAGUGGUGCGAGUACUACAACAACCCGCAAAGGGAUCGCCUCCUGAACGUCAUAUCACUGGAGUUCUCGCACACGAAGCUCGAGCAACACGUGGACUCGCCUUAUAUUGUCAAACAAGUCGAUUGGAUCGAUUGGGUAUGGCCCAAACACCUGAAACAAUCGCAAACCGAAGGCACGAAUAUCAUCGAAGACAUGAAGUACCCGAAAGUGCAGAAGUAUUGCUUGAUGUCUGUGAAGGGCUGUUACACCGACUUCCACAUCGACUUCGGCGGCACAUCCGUGUGGUAUCACAUCCUGAAGGGGCGUAAAGUGUUUUGGUUGAUCCGUCCGACCGAACGCAACAUCAAACUCUACGAAGACUGGGUUCUGUCCGGCAAGCAGUCGGACGUGUUCUUCGGCGAUCAGGUGGACGAGUGCGCGCGCGUCCACUUGGAGGCCGGCAACACGUUCUUCAUACCCACGGGUUGGAUACACGCCGUCUACACACCCGACGACUCACUCGUCUUUGGGGGCAAUUUCUUGCACUCGUUUAGCAUUGAGAAGCAGUUACGGGUGGCACAGGUCGAGGACAUUACCAAAGUGCCCAACAAGUUCAGGUACCCCUUCUAUACGGAGGUGCUCUGGUAUGUGUUGGCCCGGUAUGUGUUUUGUCUGACGAAUAAGAAUCACUUGAAGUGCAAUGAAGACGGUGUGACUAUCGUUAGAGACAAUAAAGACAAUGAGAACAGUGACACGAAAAGUCCUCAAAAGCCUUCUAUUGAUGCAAACGUACCGCCAAAGGAAUCAUUGAUUAGUUCUCAUCCAAGUUUACCGGACAAACCCAAACCCAAUGUAUACUUAACCAGAUUUGAGUUGUCAGGCCUUAAGGCAAUCAUCAUGUGGUUGGAGAAACUGCCGCCGACUAAGCGUUCAGUUCCUGAUCUCAUAGUAUCGGAGGAAUCACUUCUGAGUGACGCCCGCAUACUAAUCGACGAUCACAUCAAAGACAUUGAGAGCCCUGAGUUAGCCGUUACUAACCGUCCGGUGCUGUUCUGGACCAAGAAGUCGGUCGCCUCACAGUUGAGACAAAUUAAGAAUCCGACGCUUGUGUUGAAGCAAAUGCGGUUCAAAGAGGCGGCGAUGGCCUCCACCGCAUCCACCCCUCGGCCAGAGUCACCUCCCACUCGACCCAUCAGUUCAAACCAAUACACCAUUAGCUCCGGUUCCACAUUGAAUCAGGAUUUAAUUCCGAGUUCUUUCGCGGGUCUCAUCGCACAGACGGGUGUUAAUCACUUCCAGUCCUUCUCUCCCAUAACAAACACUCCAAUGAUGGGUGGGAUUGGAUCGCCGCUCACAACAGUGCCGCCAAUGUCUCCAAUGGUCUCAUAUAUGCCAACAACGCUUCCGCCGCCGCCACCACUGAUCUCAAACCCAAUGAUUAAUCCGAUGGUUAACGCAUACCAAACCACAAACUCUACUCAAACCAAUUAUACACAAAAUACUGAUCACAUGAACAUCAAUCACAUCAACAAUCAUAGCAUGAAUGCAAUGGACAACAAACCCAUGAAUCCGAUAAAUAGUGAAUCAAAUAUACAUAAUAUGAACAAAAGUUUUACGACAACUGCCACACAAUCGCAACAGAGUUUUGCAAACUUUUUUCUCAAUCAAAACUUAAAGCAAAGUCCGCCUCCGAUGGCCGUUCCCGUCGAGACUCAGACGCAAACCGCGCGUCCCUUCCCGGCGGCUGUGCCUCCGUCGGGCUUUCACUCAACUGCCAUACAAAGCGAGCCAUUUGUCAAUAAAAUGGUGAACUCGUCGACGCAAUCUUCGUUUCCCACAACGAAUCAGAAGUUGUUUGUCUCGACAGCGACGGGAACUACGGCUAAGUCGUCGUCCAAUGAUCGCCGACGUCGUACGCGAUGCAAGAAAUGUGAUUCAUGUCUGAGAGCCGAUUGCGGCGAAUGUCACUUCUGUAAGGAUAUGAAGAAGUUUGGCGGACCAGGUCGUAUGAAACAGUCGUGCAUUGCUCGCCAAUGUUUGGCACCGGUAUUACCCCAUACGGCGUGUUGUAUGAUAUGCGGUCGCGACGGGUGGGAGAAGUUGGUGGAGCCGUCCAUUACCGAUGAGACGGCCUCCUCUCUGAUGGAGUGCUCCCAGUGCUGGGAAAUUGUUCACCCGUUCUGUUUGAAUGAAAAGUUUCCGCAAUUCUCAUUAACAGAUGCCAAUAUCAACGAGGAUUUGCCCAACUCUUGGGAGUGUCCGCGUUGUGUGAAAACCGGUUCCAAAACCAACAAUAAAUACUCAAAAUCCAAAUCAAACUCUUCGUCUAACACUUGGACGCCAGUCAAGAAAGAGAGCGUCGGUUGCGGCGAUUCUGACGGUCCGCCCGAUAAGAAGGUCCGACUCUCGGCUGAAGACUCGCCGCCGAGUACUGAUGAUGAAGACGAUGACAAUCGACACCAAAAUCCCAUUCACAACAAUUCACACAUUAAUCACACAAAGGAUGAGAUGGGAGACGACACGGACAACAGCAGCAGUUCCAGUCAGUCCACUCAGAAACCAUACUCUCUGUUGGCGAGCAGUUCUUCAGCGCACGUGCGUUCGUGCGCUAGAUUUCCACUCCUGAGUAAAGGCUUGAAGCAAAUGAUGCCAUCGGUUGCCAAUCAGUCGAGUCUUGUGAACAAAAGCAGUCAGUUUGUGGCCAAUAAUAAUAAUAACAGUAAUAAACCCGAAGUGAAAGGAUUGGCGGCUCUUAUGAACUGCAAGAAAAAGGGAACCUCAAGGGACAGGCUUUUCAAGAGUUUGAAAAGUUUAAAGAAGUCUUCAGACACCACGAGAUUAAACAGCAAUUCUUCAGGGGUUGCGAAAAAGUUGAACAAAUCUAACGGCUCUUCCAUUACUACUUCAUCGACGACAACGCAAAGCAGUUGUUCGUCGAACUCGAACUCCUCGGUCUCGAGUCCCUCGUGUGCUCUCUCCAGAAGUAUAAGUCCAUCGGGUUCUCAAUCCAUGUCCGCACAAAACAGCUUCUCAUCGAUUAAACUCGAGAUGAAUGACAGCAAACGUGAUAUCAAUGACGAGUCCACUGAUGACGAAGAGGUUCAGCCGACUGUACAGCAAAUCAAUGGCAAUAAACACCCGAAUGGCAACAGUUUUACUCAAGUGUCACAACCUAUUCCUCAUCGAGAGAUCAUUAAACCUAAAUAUGUGGUGAGACCCGCACCACUCGAUUGUGAUAUCUCUGCGUCUGAAGAAUCCGAGGAGGAGUCGGAAGAGUCGGACGACGACUCGACUACCGAUGCGAACAACAAAAGCAAUCGAAAGCAGCGAAACAAAGCCAUUCAGAAGUAUUUGCGUAAAUUCCGGACCAAAGUAUCGGACAAUUUGUCGCUCGAACGCGAUGUUGUGGUUCCGGUUAUGGGAUACCUCUCGCCAAACGAUUUACUUAAUUCCAUGCGAGUCUGUAAGGCGUGGAACGAUCACAUCAAUAAUACUGAUCGGAAUAGUGAAGAGACAGCCCCGGCAUCUGAACCUCUCGUGGACUAA